AUGAAAAGGGCACUAGAAGUCGAAGAGCGAGAGUGCCUUAUGUUUGAAAAAGAAACCGUCAGGCGCACAGAAGAAGCGGAAAGCCAAGAAAGGGAGCUUGAGCGCUUGCGGCUUCAGCUUAAGAUUGCAGAGAUUCAGGCAGGCGCACGAGUGAGCAUGAGGGACCUCUUGCACCCUUACAAAGAGAGCGAGGAGGAAGGUCCCAUGCUAAACUCAAGUGAUGGUGAACAGGGUGAAGAUGAAAGUAAUAGAGCCAAAGAAAAUGAUGAUGGUGGUGAUGAAGCAGGAGAUGACGAUGAGGCGGAGGAGGGUGGUGUGGAGGAAGAGGGGGAAGAAGAAAAACCAGAAGUGCAGCCUCAAGCUGAAGAGGAAGAAAGCUUACAGACAAACCCUCAAGCGGAAGAAACAGGUUCAGUGCCUGUAGAAGACACUCCAGCAUCACCUACCGAAGAGGACUCUUCCUUCAUGCAUGAUGCGCCUGCGUCUUCCCCUGCUGAAGAAAGUCCAUCAUCUCCACUAGAAGCGACACCAUCUCCUCCUACCCCUGUUGAUGUGCCGGCAUCGCCAACGGAAGAUGUGGUCCCUGGGGCAUCAGCUAUUGAGAGUGGAGAGGACUCCUCGGCACCUGUCUCUCCUGAAGAAGUGCCAGCAGAUGAGCAAUCAGCAGAGGUUUCAGGAGAAGGCAAAAAUGGGCAAGAAAACGACGAAAAGGGGAUCGCAGACAUCAAUGAAGGUGACGAAGAAGACACACAGGACAAUGCAUCUUCGCCAAAGAAAAUUGAAAGUCCCGAUGCUGAACCGGAAGAAGGCCUUCUUGAAGAUACCAGUAAUGGCAUGGAGGAUAUAUCGGAGCCUGGUAGCACAGAUGGCUUGGUGGACAAUCUUGAAGCUGUUGUCAGGGAGCAGGAGGAGCCUUGGCGACAAGAGUCAAAGGGCAGUGAAUGCUCAGUGCUUAAGGAGCGGAAGACAAAGCACAAGAAAAAAACUUGUCAGCAUCGGAAGCACCGGCGUCACCGGCGGACGAACAGCAAUAAUGAGGACCGUGAAGAAGGUGAGCUUGUUGAAGAAAGGUCUCCGUCAUCUUCAAGCCGACGACGAAAGGAGGUAGAGACAACUGUUGAUGACUUGGCUGAGUUGGCACCACGCAUCAACAUUUCAGAGUUGCCGCGAAUACCCAACCUCAAACGUAGUGAAAAAGUAGCAAGUCACGCUGCUGGCAGUGAAUCAAGCAUUGGAGGUGAUAGGACAAGUGCAACUGCAGCAUCGCAUGUCGAAGUGAAGCGCACAAGUGUGUUGGGCCGGGUUGACUCUGGCAGUGAUAUCAGCUGGAAGAAGCUGUCAAAGCACUCGCAGGAGCAUAGCUUUGAGCUCAAGUACCGCAAAGGCAGAGACAACGGUAACGCCGAUGGCCUGAGCCGAGGUUUUCCGUAG